AUGAUUAGGUCUCUCUUCAGAAAAACAAAAGGACCAGGGCAACCCCAUGUUCUAUCAUGGUAUCUAAUUAUUGAAAAAGUGAAACAAUUUAAACAGAAGGAAAGAGAACAAAAAAGAAAACAUAUUCUGGAUGCGGCGAGGGAUGCAAGUCGACAGGCUGCGGGACUAGGUUGGAUUCUUCUUUCCAACCCACAUAACGUGCCAUUCAAGGAGCAAGUGGAGUUUGUGCCUUCCUCGCUUAUGGCUGAAGCACUAGCAUUAUGUGAAACAGUUUUUACAUGUCAAAGAUUGAUGAUGAAGUUGGUACGGUUUGAGUCGGAUUAUUCUCAGCUGAUCAAAAUAGUUAACUCGGGGUUCGGGAACUCCGGAACUUCAUGCAUUGUCACAGACGUUAUAGCUUAUAUUUUUGAUUUUAUUUGUUUUGUGUGGAUCCCUCAGGAGAGGAACACCUUUGCAGAUGUAUUAGCCAAAGAUGCUUUGAAUGCAUCAGGACAGCAAGUGGUUGACGGUGCUCUUAAUGCCCUCAACUAA